AAACUCUCUCGCCUCCCUAAAAUGUAAAAACACAUCUCGAUUAUGCAGGCCCUGCCCGGCUCUUUGUGAACGCAGGAAUCUCAGAAAACCCCCGUCUCCAUACUGUUCCUGUGUUCCAUACUGCAGUGGAGUGGUGUGCCCUUCGCCCCUUCCUCUCCUCUCGCCUCUUCCUCUUCUCAUCUGAUUUCUCACCAAAUUCCUCGCGUUACUCUGCCAACGGCGACCGUGCGCAUCAAGCCAGAGCCCUCUGUCAAGGGACUGCCGUCGAUUGUUAUCGUCCUUUGCCGUGUAUUUUAUCUCUGAACAUCCAAAUCUGAUGGAACAUAGCUCUGGAGAAGAAACUGAGGUUAGUGACUCAGAGAUUGAUGAGUGCAAGGACAAGAUUUAUGCACAACUGCAGGCAGGAAAAAUGAAAGUGAAGCAUAGUGAGAAAACCUUUCGAUGUCCAUUCUGCCUGGGAAAAAAGAAGCAGGAUUACAACGGCAAGGAUCUUCUGCAGCAUGCCACGGGCAUAGGGGCUGCUCCGCAGCGCAAGGCCAGGGUGAGGGCAGAACACCUAGCACUUGCUGAGUACAUGAAGAAUGAUUUAGAGAGUUUAUUGGAGCCAUCAUUGCAACUUGCGAUUGUUGAUUAUGAGCCUCUGAAGAAUGAAGAAGAGAAGUUUGUAUGGCCCUGGAUGGGUAUUCUGGUUAAUGUGCCAACUGAGGGGCAUGACGUAAAUUUUGUCAGCGAAAACGCGGAUAUGCUAAGAUCACAAUUAUCUCGGUUCAGACCAUGCCAAGUCACUAUUCUUUGGAAUUCCAAGGGCCAAACAGCCGUCAUCAAGUUUAAUGAAGACUGGAUAGGAUUUAAUGAUGCAUUAGCUUUUGAAAACCAUUUCAUAUUGGAGAAGUACAGUAAGACUGAUUGGAACAAAUCAAACUGUAGAAUGGACGACCUUUAUGGAUGGCUUGCAAGAACUGAUGAUUACAACUCACCUGGGACUAUAGGAGAGCAUUUAAGAAAAGCAGGAGUCCUAAAAAGUAUAGGUGACCGGCAACGUGAGGGAACUGACAAGUGUGUAGCUCAUUUUGCUCAUCAAAUGGAAGAGAAGAAUAAACAGUUACAAGAAUUGGAGUUGAAGAACAAUCAAAAUGCCAUGAAACUUGAUAGUAUGAUGAAAGACAAGGAUCGACUGGUUGAGGAACAUAAUGAAAAGAAAAGAAAGAUGCAGCAAGAUGCUCGUAGGACCUUUAGAAAAAUGCUUCAAGAUAAUCAAAGAUUGCAUCAAGAACUGAAUACCAGGAUAGAAGAAACCAGCCGGAAACAUAAGGAACUUGAAGAAUUGGCUACAUUCAGUAAUAUUGACAAAGCAAAAGUCGAAGCAGAAAUUAAAAAGAAUGCAAAUGAUAACGUUCUUCUUGACUUAGCAUUCCUAAAGUUUAAGAAGGGGGGUGAAGAGACAAUGCAGCUUGCUAAGAAACAUGAGCAAGAAAUGGAAGAUGCUUUCAAGAGGCAAUACAAAUUGGAAAAGGAUUUAACUUCUAAACAAAAUCUUGAGACGACAGUGGCUUAUUUGAGAGGAAAGUUAGAGAUAAUGAAGCACAUGGGAGCUGAGGAAGAUACAACAUCAAAGGAGCUCGACAAGAUUUCUGAAGAGCUGAAAGAAAAAGAAGAAGAACUUGAACAUAUGAAAUCUGCUAACCAGGCCCUUAUUAUUGUGGAACGAAGGACCAAUGAUGAGCUUGAACAAGCCAAGGAAGAACUUAUAAAGGGCCUCCAAGAGAUGUCAGGCACUCGAUCCAAUAUUGGUGUCAAAAGAAUGGGUGUGCUUGAUGUAAAAGCUUUUGUAGCGGCGUGCAAAGCCAAAUCAGCAAGGGUUGAUUCUAAAAAAUCAGCAAAUUAUGAUUUCGAAGGGGAGUCGGCACUUGAGUUAUCAAAAUGGGAACAUGAGAUCGCACAACCAGAAUGGCAUCCUUUCAAAGUAAUCAAUAUUGAUGGAAAGGAAAAGUUAAUAGUACGUGAGGAUGAUGAGAAGCUGCAAGCGCUUAAGGAAAAACUGGGGCAGGACGCCCACGAUGUUGUUGUUAAGGCCCUUCUCGAGAUGAACGAAUACAACCCCAGUGGCAGGUAUUCUGUGCCCGUGCUGUGGAACUUCAAGGAGAACCGGAAAGCUCUACUUGAUGAGGCAGUGGAGUAUGUGCUGAAGCAAUGGAAGGGAAACAAGAACAAAAAGAAGUACCACGGCUGAGUGGGAUCUGGGCCAUAUUUCAUUCUGGCUUCUUCUAUGUUACAUAUUCCCCGAGACCUAGACUACUAUUAAACAAUCGUAAUAGCACUUCAUAUAUUCCCAGCUGUUGCAUCAUUUGAACUGAACAAGAUUUGGCACUACAAAACCAUGGAUAGUUUAAACCUUAACACUUUCUUAUGUGGGAUUGGGGUUUUGUGCAAGGAUGGCUUUGAAA